CGCAGGAGACGGGUCAGCGCGCCGGCGCAGUGGGUCGGUCGCAGAGUGGCUGCUGCGGUAGGAUCCUUACUUUCCUGAGUGUUGGCCCAGAAGAAAGGAAGAUGGUACUCGAUCUGGAUUUGUUUCGAGUGGAUAAAGGAGGGAACCCAGACCUUAUUCGAGAAACGCAGGAGAAGCGCUUCAAGGACCCAGGACUCGUGGACCAGCUGGUGAAGGCAGACAGUGAAUGGCGACGAUGCAGAUUUCGGGCAGAUAACUUGAACAAGCUGAAGAACUUAUGCAGUAAGACAAUUGGAGAGAAAAUGAAGAAAAAAGAGCCAGUGGGAGAUGAUGACUCUGUUCCUGAGAAUGUGUUAAAUUUCGAUGAUCUCACUGCAGACACUUUAGCUAACCUAAAAGUCUCACAAAUCAAAAACGUCCGACUCCUCAUCGAUGAAGCCAUCCUGAAGUGUGAUGCAGAGCGAUUAAAACUGGAGGCCGAACGGUUUGAGAAUCUUCGAGAGAUUGGGAACCUUUUGCACCCCUCUGUGCCCAUCAGUAAUGAUGAGGAUGCAGACAACAAAGUAGAGAGGAUUUGGGGUGAUUGCACAGUCAGGAAGAAGUACUCUCAUGUGGACCUGGUGGUGAUGGUAGAUGGCUUUGAAGGCGAAAAGGGGGCCAUAGUGGCUGGGAGUCGAGGAUACUUCCUGAAGGGAGUCCUGGUGUUCCUGGAACAGGCUCUCAUCCAGUUUGCCCUCCGCACCUUGGCAAGUCGGAAUUACGUUCCCAUUUACACUCCCUUUUUCAUGAGGAAGGAGGUCAUGCAGGAAGUGGCUCAGCUCAGCCAAUUUGAUGAAGAACUUUAUAAGGUGAUUGGCAAAGGCAGUGAAAAGUCUGAUGACAACUCCUAUGAUGAGAAAUACCUGAUUGCUACCUCGGAGCAGCCCAUUGCUGCUCUACACCGUGAUGAAUGGCUGCGGCCAGAGGAUCUGCCCAUCAAGUAUGCCGGCCUAUCCACCUGCUUUCGCCAGGAGGUGGGCUCCCAUGGCCGUGACACCCGGGGCAUCUUUCGAGUCCAUCAGUUUGAGAAGAUCGAACAGUUUGUGUACUCAUCACCUCAUGACAAUAAAUCAUGGGAAAUGUUUGAAGAGAUGAUUGCCACUGCAGAAGAGUUCUACCAGUCUUUGGGGAUCCCUUACCACAUCGUGAAUAUUGUCUCAGGUUCUUUAAAUCAUGCUGCCAGUAAGAAGCUUGACCUGGAGGCCUGGUUUCCAGGUUCAGGAGCUUUCCGUGAGUUAGUCUCUUGUUCUAACUGUACGGAUUAUCAGGCUCGUCGGCUCCGAAUCCGAUACGGGCAGACCAAGAAGAUGAUGGACAAGAGAAAGAAUAAUCUCCGUUUAUCUACACAGAACAACUUGGUGGCGGUGUCUUCCCUCUUUUCGCCCAAGAAGGUGGAAUUUGUCCACAUGCUCAAUGCUACGAUGUGUGCCACUACGCGGACCAUCUGUGCCAUCCUGGAGAACUACCAGACAGAGAAGGGCAUCAUUGUGCCUGAGAAAUUGAGGGAGUUCAUGCCACCAGGGCUCCAAGAACUGAUCCCCUUUGUGAAGCCAGCGCCCAUUGACCAGGAGCCAUCAAAGAAGCAGAAGAAGCAACAUGAGGGCAGCAAAAAGAAAGCAGCGACAAGAGAUGUCACCCUGGAAAACCGGCUGCAGAACAUGGAGGUCACCGAUGCCUGACAUUCCUUCCUCCCGGCUGGCCAGGCUUCCUUUCUGUCUGCUGGGGUCUCUGAGGCUGCCCACGAGCAGGAUGGCCUAGCACCUACUCAUCACCCUGCCCAUCUGACUGCAUUGCUAAAGGAACAGUCUGCCAUGCACAGUGCAGGGUUCCCGUCUCCUUGCAUGGGAAUGAGGUCCGCCACUGAUGACUGACGAAACCAUGUAAUAAAGCAUCUCUGGGGAGGGCGUCAGACUUCCUCAGUCUUCUCCCUGA